AUGGUCCACACAAUACCGUGGUGCACUGUUCUUUCUCCCCCUAAUGUAUCCGGUGUCAGUCCGGGAGUCUACGAGAACCAACUAAGGGUGUGGAUUCCGAAUGGUACUACUGGCGCUAAGUGGCCAGUCACGGUUUACUGCAAAAGAAAGGAUCAGGCAUUGGUGUUGAACACACAUUUGAAUCCAUUCCUGGUGUAUCAUGGCCAAGAGGACGAUGUAACUUUCAGAGCGUCUUUGCAUGAGUGGCAAGAACGGCCCACGAUCACUGCAAUGUUCGACAACGAUGGGGCCACCUUCUGGGCCAUCAUAUAUGAACACGCUGUGGACCAAGUCGAUCGGUCAAACCCAACAUAUCGCAGGGCCCACGGCUUCGAUAAGAUUGAAAAUGCGCUAAUCUGUCAAAUGACUUCACCCACAGCAUCUCCAGUGGGGACCCCUUCGAAGCAGAAAGGGAAGGCGCACAUUCCCGACUCGUCACCAAGGAAAACUCAUCAUGGCAACUACCUCACUUCGAAUGUGACCGUCAAUAGCGUUGGCAAUGGGGACAUAUUUUCAUCUCCCACAUCACACAGCUCACCAAGGACUCCAGUAAGCCUCGGCCAAGCGGGGCCCUCCAGGCCAAGAUCCAUGUCACCACUACAUCUUCCCAAGUUACUUGCAAGAUAUCUGGAGGUAUACCAGUACCCGAAGCGAUACGUAUCAAGACAUCUUGAAGAGGCUGAUACAAGGGAUGACUUUAUUGAAGCCGUGGAGGAGAGUAUUCUGGAAGAGGCAGCUGGAUUCAUUUGGGACCUGGGUGGUACAUAUUUCAACUCAAGUUUCCUACUUGAAGGGAUAUCGGCAGAAGAAAUGUACUAUGAGGCGGCAGAAGCACCGGCACCAUGGCCUCGGGAUUCCGGUCACUGGGGCGAAAGUCAAAGCCAUCCAAUGACCCUGACUGAUGACUUCGGUGAUGGUCGUGCGACCCGCAUAACACUGGUUCAGAAGUCAAACAAGCACAGUCAUGUCGAAAGCAAAGUGUCAAGACUGCAGAAACUAGGGCCAGUUGAGGUGCUGAUGUAA